AUGCCUAUUUCAUGCUUAAGCUGGAUUCCAAAAGGAAUUGCAAGAAGUCAUCCAACAAAGGUAACUAGUGACAUACUUUCGCGGUCCAAUGCAAUCUUGAUUUUACACUAUUAUACACUUAGUGGAAAUGUCGAAACACUUGAAUUGAAUGGAUCAGUACAGGCGGAGGCAGAUAUUGACAAAGAAUUAUCAGAAUACAAUUUACAGGAUUAUGAUCAAGAUGAAGUCUGUGACCUGUAUAAACUUAAUCCCUAUGAAGAUAAUAUAAUAGAUCCUUCUAUAAGCCAAUUUGACACGGAAAGCGAAGGUUCAUCAGAUAUCAUUAUUGGUCCACAUGAUAACUUAGCCGUUGUUGGUGUUACGAAUAAUAACGCCAACGCUCUGGAAAUUUAUCGUAAUCUUGUUGCAGUUGGAACCAAAGCAUCAUUUAUUGAAAUAUGGGAUAUCGACAACAUUAAUUGUUUACAACCUGUUGCUACAUUAGGGAACGCUUCAAAUCUAACGGAUGAUAAUCUACGGAGGAUUAAAAGUCCAUUGAAGAGUCACAAUGAUUCUGUGUUGGAUUUGUCGUGGAACAGAUCUGCUAGGACUAUUCUUGCCAGUGCAUCAGCUGAUCAGGCUGUAAUUCUUUGGGAUAUUACACUUGCUAAAACAUCAAAUAUAUACUCACACCAUUCUGAUAAGGUUGGGUUAUAUGAUGGAUCCGUGUAUGCUUUUGACGUUCGUAACAGAGACUACAUAUUUCGGAUCUGUGCUCAUAACAUGUCUAUUACAGAUCUUGCUCUGAGUUAUCAAACAGAAGGUCUUCUGGUUACGUCUUCUAUAGAUAAGACUGUAAAAGUCUGGGAUAUUACGGGUAAGGUAUACUGUUCUUGCUUUUGCCCCGACAAUGCUUCCAUUAUGUUCGGAGGAGAAAAAAAUUCAGUGUCACUGGUUGACUUGAAUGAAGAAUUUAUUGGAUCGAAGAAAUGUCUUUGCAUGUGCAUGCCAAUGACAUUUGGAAGUGCAUUCGUGUAA